AUGAAGAAGUUCUCUCGAAUGCCCAAGUCGGAGGGCGGCGGCGGCGGCGGAGCGGUGGGCGGCGGGGCCGGCGGGGCCGGCGCCGGUAGCUCGUCCGUGGGGGUCCGGGUGUUCGCGGUCGGCCGCUACCAGGUCACCCUGGAGGAGUCGCUGGCCGAAGGUGGCUUCUCCACUGUUUUCCUGGUGCGGACGCAUGGUGGACACCGUUAUGCAUUGAAGCGAAUGUAUGUCAAUAACACGACAGACCUCAACAUUUGUAAAAGGGAAAUUACAAUUAUGAAAGAGCUAUCUGGUCACAAAAAUAUCGUGGGUUAUUUGGACUGUGCUGUAAAUUCAGUUAGUGAUAAUGUAUGGGAAGUGCUCAUCUUAAUGGAAUAUUGUCGAGCUGGGCAGGUAGUGAAUCAGAUGAAUAAGAAGCUGCAGACUGGCUUUACGGAAGCAGAAGUGUUACAAAUAUUCUGUGAUACCUGUGAAGCCGUUGCAAGGUUGCAUCAGUGUAAGACUCCGAUAAUUCACCGGGAUCUCAAGGUAGAAAAUAUUUUGUUGAAUGAUGGUGGAAACUAUGUUCUUUGUGACUUUGGCAGUGCUACAAAUAAAUUUCUUAAUCCUCAAAAAGAUGGAGUUAAUACAGUAGAAGAAGAAAUUAAAAAGUAUACAACUCUGUCAUACAGAGCCCCUGAAAUGAUCAACCUUUAUGGAGGGAAGCCUAUCACCACCAAGGCUGAUAUCUGGGCCCUGGGAUGUUUACUGUAUAAACUUUGUUUCUUCACUCUUCCUUUUGGUGAGAGCCAGGUUGCCAUCUGUGACGGCAGCUUCACCAUCCCAGACAACUCUCGUUACUCCCAUAACAUACAUUGUUUAAUAAGGUUCAUGCUUGAACCAGAUCCAGAGCGGAGACCCGAUAUAUUUCAAGUGUCAUAUUUUGCGUUUAAAUUUGCCAAAAAGGAUUGUCCAGUCUCCAACAUCAAUAAUUCUCCUAUUCCUUCAACUCUUCCUGAACCGAUGACUGCUAGUGAAGCAGCUUCUAGGAAAAGCCAAAUAAAAGCCAGAAUAACAGACACCAUUGGACCAACAGAAACCUCAAUUGCACCAAGGCAAAGACCAAAGGCCAAUUCUACUACUGCCACUCCCAGUGUACUGACCAUUCAGAGUUCAGCAACACCUGUUAAAGUCCCUGUUCCUGGUGAAUUCGGUAAUCACAGACCAAAAGGAGCACUGAAGCCUGGAAGUGGCCCCGAGGGUCUGCCGGGGCAGGGGCCCGCUCAGCAGCCUCCGCAGCAGCACCGCGUGCUCCAGCAGCUCCAGCAGGGGGACUGGAGGCUGCAGCAGCUCCAGCUGCAGCGUCGCCAUCCUCAGCAGCAGCAGCUUCAGGAGGCUUACCUGCAGCAGUAUCAGCAUGCAGUGCAGCAGCAGCAGAUGCUUCAGCAGCAGUUGUUAAUGCAUUCAGUGUAUCAGCCACAGCCUCCUGUAUCACAGUAUCCUGCAGUGAUGCAGCAGUAUCAGCAGGCUUUCUUGCAGCAGCAGAUGCUCACUCAGCAUCAGCAGUCUCAACCACAGGCGUCACCAGAGUAUCUCACCUCCCCUCAAGAGUUCUCCCCAGCCUUAGUGCCCUACUCAUCAUCACUUCCAGCUCAGGUUGGACCCAUGAUGGACUCCUCUUAUAGUGCCAGUAGGUCAAUUGCUGGUAAAGAGGCAGUUGCAAAUAUGACACAUCAGAAGAACAUCAGUAACCCGCCUGAUAUGUCAGGGUGGAAUCCUUUUGGAGAGGACAAUUUCUCCAAGUUAACAGAAGAGGAACUGUUGGACAGAGAAUUUGACCUUCUCAGAUCAAACAGGCUCGAGGAAAGAGCAUCCUCAGAUAAGAAUGUAGAGCCACUUUCUGCUCCAUAUAACCAUCCUCCAGAGGAUCCUUUUGGUUCUGUUCCUUUCAUUUCUCACUCAGGUUUCCUCCCCGUUCCCGGCUUCAAGGUUGUCAGCAACCUGCAUGAAACUAGAGCCAGUGGCCAUUUCCAUUGUCAGUUUACUGGACCUCUUUGCAUCACCCAGCCCUGUGGUUCUCCUGAAAAGAAAAUUGAACAUCCCUCCAUGAAUCAAGAAAAUGGCACUGCAAACCCUAUCAAGAAUACAAAAGGAAGUCCAGUUUCUAAAGACCACCGGACUGGAAAGAAAAGCUCAGAGAAUUCAUUAGCACGUGCUCAAGUGCAAAAGGGGAACGACGAAUCUGAGAGUGACUUUGAGUCCGAUCCCCCUUCUCCCAAGAGCAGCGAGGAGGAGGAGCAAGAGGAUGAGGAGGUUCUCCAGGGAGAACAAGGAGAUUUUAACGACGACGACACGGAACCGGAACACCUGGGGCACAGGCCGCUGCUCAUGGAUUCAGAAGACGAGGAAGAGGAGGAGAAGCAGAGCUCAGACUCGGACUACGAGCAGGCCAAAGCAAAGGACGGCGACGCGAGCCCGGGCUGCAGGGAUGCAGCCGGCGCGGGAGCGGUCCAGGGCCCCGGCGCAGCACUCCUCACGCCCGCCCGCGCGCCCUCGGGCGCGGGAGCGGGGACUCCCAGACCCGAGUUUGAUGUCUUUGGCGCAGUCCCCUUCUUCGCAGCGCGGGCUCAGCAGCCCCGACAGGGGGAGCGGAAGGACCUCCCUCCGCAGAGCCGGCUUCCCACCGCGGGGCUGGAGCAGGAGGAAUUCGAUGUCUUCACCAAGGCGCCCUUCAGCAAGAAGGUGAUGGCGCGCGAUGCGCACGCCGCCCCGGCUGGCCCCCCCAGCGUGGAUGUCUUUGGCUCCACGCCGUUCCAGCCCUUCCCUCCGUCCGCCAGUAAAAGCGACAGCGGCGAGGACCUUUUCGGGCUGGUGCCCUUCGAGGAGAUAACUGGGAGUCCGCAGCAGAAAGUCAAGCAGCGCAGCCUGCAGAAACUGUCCUCUCGGCAGAGGCGCACCAAGCAGGACGCGGCCAAGAGCAACGGGAAGCGGCAUCACGGCACCCCGACCGGCGCCAAGAAGCCGGCCAAGCCCGCCUUCCGCACCCCCGAGCGGGCCCGCCGGCACAGGAGGGUGGGCCGCCGGGACUCGCAGAGCAGCAACGAGUUCCUGACCAUCUCGGACUCCAAGGAGAACAUCAGCGUGGCCCUGACCGACGGGAAGGACCGCGGGCACGUCCUGCAAGCCGACGAGGGUCUGCUGGACCCCUUCGGGGCCAAGCCCUUCCACCCUCCGGACCUGCCGUGGCACUCCCCGCACCAGGGCCUGAGCGCUGACCACAACCCGGUCCUGCCCGGGAGGCCCCGGCCGAAUUCACUGCACGGCUCCUUCCACGGGGCAGAGGCGUUGAAAAUGGAUGAUUUUGGUGCCGUGCCCUUCACAGAACUCGUGGUGCAGAGCAUCACCUCCCAUCAGCCCCAACAGCCCCAGCCCGUCGAAUUAGACCCCUUCGGUGCUGCUCCGUUUCCUUCUAAACAGUAGAGGACUUCUGACGGACUCGUGGUAUUAACUCCUGUUUCAAAGAAAAAAAAGUGUGAAUAGUUUUAUGAAUUUGAAAGAAGAUUUAUUUGUAUAGCUCUUUAUAUCAUUCAUUCUUACAGGUCAAUCAGAAUAGGCGAUUUUUAAAUAAACCAAAUAGAAAAAGGAAGUAUCUGCACAGGGUAAUGACUCCACGUCUCUUCCACGCAGGCACAAAGUAAGCGAAGGUGGCAGGUUCUAACCUGUGGUUUCAGCUACCCACCUGACGGCACAGAAGUCUAGGGAAGGCGUGUGGCCCCCGAAAAGGGGCCGGGAGCUGUGGCGUUAUUUUUAUAAGAGAAGGUCACUUUUGUGCACACGUCCCAGGCUCAUUCCAGAAUCUAGCAUUUAAAACUAAGGCUGCUUGUAUAUACACAAAUUGCAUUUGUGGAUUUAAAAAAAAAAAAAAAUCUCUUCUAAGCCACGUGGUUAAAAAAAAAUAUAUAUAUAUAUAUAUAUAUAUAUCAAUUUCUCAUAAAGAAUGAGAAAGUUAUUCGGAGAGUGCAGAGAUUUUUGUCCUUACACCUGUCUCUACAAAGAGGAGCCAGAAGUCACUUGACUGUUGUGCCUAAAACUGUUUUCAUUAAAAAAAAACAAGUGCCAUUAAUAUGGACUAUUGCAUAGAAGCCUAGAACAAAAACUAGAGAUAGCUAGCUGAUGGGUGGACAAGCAGAGAGAAAAAAGGAAUGAUACAGAGGAGGGGAAACAAUGCUCAGUAGUGUUCAGGAACACUUUAUGUUCUGAUUUUGAAUGGCUUCUAGCUCAGACCUUUUAUCAUGCCUCUAGUAAGACAGAUUGUUGGGAAAACUGGGAGUGAGGACAAAGGUCAUAGAGAAAUAUUCUAGGGAAAAAUAUGUAGCUAAACCCUGAGUUUCUGAGACGUUUACAAUGUAAAAUCAUGUUGCAUUUAAUAAUGUGCUUUAUUAAAUAACCACCUUCACCAACUAUUCCCCAAGUCGUCUGGUGAGCAGCAGUUUUGGAGUUAGGUCUGAAGGGUGGAGUAGUUUUAAUAAAGAGGACAGAAGAGCGAAUCCCACAAAGCCUUACGGGCAGGCCUUGCACAUCCUGCCGCAAGUACCUCUGCACUAUUACCCAAGAUCUGAGACUGGCUGUAAGGUGUCAAGGUGAUGAGGGGCUAGCAUCUCAACUCUGCUAGUUAGCUGAUAGUGUCUUUAGUGAAAAGAACCCAGCUACCAAAUUGCCUUUUGAUUUUUACAUCACAAAUCCUAAUCAGAAACUUGAGAUUUUAUAGAAAUUAAUAAGGUAGAAAUCAUUAAUGUGAAUACAGUCUGUUUCUCCUAUGUCUCCAUUUUAAGUUACAGUUAACUGUCCCUGCCUUGCAAGUGAACAUUUAGAAGUUUCUAGAACCAUUAAAGUUAUUUACAGAAAAGGGUAGAAACUCCUAUCAGCUGGCACUCUCCUUGAUUGCUGUAUUUUAAAUUAACGCUUUAAGCCCAAUUAAAAUCUAUUUCAUCAGUAAUCUUAUUAGAAUCUCAAUUAUAGUGCCCCAACUGGGAUGAGCUAUUUGCCUGUUUUCAUAGUUCUAAACUUGGAAAAAAACAAAAUAUCUGUAACUAAACGGUCUAUGUUUUCUUGCUUCUCUCUUUUGUUUUAAAUCAGAUACAGAUUUGUGGACAAACAGGGAAGCAAUAUGUGAAUGAUGUGUAGCAGAGACAGAUCAGUCAUGACAGUCAUUACUGUGUAAAUGUUAGAGCCCAGCCGCACCAGUUUUACUUGUCCUUGUGCCAAAGGCAAAUGUUAUGUUUGCACCUUUUUUUUUCUUUCUGAUUCUCAGGUUGAUUAAUACUGCUAAUGCAAAUGCUCAAGUAGAUGUUCUUUAAAACUUUACAAAGUAGAUUCAAGUAAUACUUUCUUUUAAAAGUGAAGAGUUGAUGAUUAUACAUAGUCAAUUCAUGAACUACAGUAGGUUUGUAUCAAACAAUCUGUUAAUGAAACUCCGUUGGUUGAUGUAUACACAAGAUGCUUCUUUGACUAUUUUAGUCCCUAUUAGCCUUUGUCUCUGCUAGACCUCAUGAGUUUCAUAAUUUAGAAGGGGUACAGAUGAAUUAGUGUGGUCCCCUUGGGAUGUAAAUAUGAAAUUCCUAGAGCCUGUCAGAUACCAAGCCUUUGCUUACACUUGUUUUCAAUACACCGAGUAACUUUAAAUGAUUUAGACGCUGACAGACACUCUGGCUUAUGACGCUGGGUACAUUCUAAGGAAACACUUCGACAUUGUGUUAAAAUACUGACAGUCAUGUGUUUGUUAUAUCACAAUGACUUUCCUCUUGAGAUUACAGCCGAGAGGAAACAUUUAGUACUUAUAGUGGACCCAAUGGGAUAGAAAUGGGGAGAUUCCUUUGUGUUCAAGUGGAGGAAUUUUCCCAAGGAGUAUAGGAUUAGGGUCGCUUUCCAUUUCCCAUCAUGUUUUCCCACUACUGUUAGACUGUAGGUCACUCUACACAGCUGAUGCCCUGCUAAUUCCCUUGUGAGAAUUAUGAGAAUAAAGCUCCCAAGAUGUGUUGAAAGAGCUUAAUGCAUAUUUGGCACACAGCGCUCGGUUUGGCUCUGUUAUGUGAUGGUCCAAUUCUUGUAUGAGGAAGGAAUGCUGAAAAGAAAUCAUGUCUAUUAAUCAGUUGUCGUCUGUGCUUCUCUAGCAAGUAAAGUCGUCACAACUCUAAACCUGUAAUACUUGAACAUCACAAAGGGAAGUGAAAUAUUACAAAGCUAGCGAAAGUCUGAGGCCAAAGUUAUUUCUGUCCUAACAGCUUUAAUCAUGCUUCUUGGUUUUGAAUUAUCUUUUAAAAAGCGGACCAUUUGCUUAAUUAUUUUAAUGUUACCACUUCAGCAAAAUGUUAAGUGUUGAAAAGACCAGCUUCUAUGGCACUGAGGAAUGUAAGACAUUCUGCUAGGACACAAAAGUUGCUUGGUAUAUAUGUUUUAGGUGGAGGAGGAAAGGUGGUGGGCUGGGUGAAACUGACUAGAAUAUUCAGAAGUAUCCAUCAGGAAAGUGUGAUUCUUCCACUGAUGUGACCUCCGCCGUGUAUGUGUGUGUGUGUAUGUGCUUCUUCCACUGAUGUGACCUCCACCCCGCGUGUGUAUAUGUCUGUGUGUGUGCGUGCGUGCGUGCAUGCUCGGGCCUAGUUAUGCCAUUAUUUGGAAUUGUAGACAGAAGCAGCUUUGGACCCUCCCCUGUUUAUCGUGUGACAGGGACCCUAAGCUGGUGUCCCCUCCUCUACUCUGGGGUUCAACAGGCAGAGCCCUUUCCUCCUCUCUGCUUGGCUUAUUUUAGGUUGUGGUACUUCAUAUCAGCAUUGCGAGAAGGUACACGUGUAUUCGUAUCACUGGUUCUGAGGAGUUUGGGUACAUUUGUUUUAAUAUAUGUAGACUGUGCAGUAAACUUUUUUUUUUUUUUAAGCAAAAUUACUUAUCAUUUUAGGUCCAAUGUUGAGCUGACAGAUCUACUGUGAGAAUGAGCUGACAGAUCUACUGUGAGAAUAACAUAAUGAUAGUUUAUAUGAAAACUUUUAUACACAGUGGGGUUUAUACAUUAGGGUAAAUAGAUAAACCCACACUUGCAUGCACAUGUCACAUCUCUCUAGUGUGGAGUUAAUGUGAAUUUUUACAUUUUGAAUAAAAUUGCAACCACAAUCAUUGCUAAAAGAACAUUCACUCCUAGUGAGGGUUUACAAAAGCCACUAAAAAGAAUAAGGUAGACAGAUGAAAAUGCAAAGGGCCACCAUUUGGGGUUAUUUUUAUUUAAAAAUUUAUUGUGCUACUUUUGAAAGAGAAUUGUUUUUAUGACUGCUCUUUUUGUGAUUGAAAGUCAUCUAAUAGUAAGCAGUAUAGUAAUAAUAAUAGGCUACUUUUUAAUUGCUGGCAAACAGCUUUAAGUGCACUUUCUUUGAUUACACUUCCAUUUUUUGUUAAACUUGAAUUUUCUGAAGCCUUUUAUGUACCACUAAGCAAAUAACUUUAACUUUUAAUAAACCUGAUUUUCAUCUUUAUUAUAUUUCUAAUUGUUAAGACCAUACUUUCUAAAGUUAACUUCAAUCCUCAGAUACAGCUGGGAAACUGUCAUGAAAUAGAAUCAGUUGCUUUUUUUUUUCUCCUUCCUAUAUCUAAUUAAGCACUAACUGAUUUUAGUACUAUAUUGCCUUUACAUUGCUUAUUCUUAUUGACUGAAUCCUAUCCCUCAUUCACUUUGUUUUGUUUGAAAUUUAAAGUUAUUUUCUUACUGUAUUUAUCAUACCUGUUUUAAUAAUCUUUCUUUAAAUGCAAUAAAUCCCAAAUGGAUUGCAUAUUCUUUAUAAUCAG